UUUCUUUUGUAUACAGAAAUAAAUUUUAUUAAUGUUCUAUCAUCUUGUUUGUCUUUAGUAAUUGAUAAAUUAUCUGUCUUAUUUAAACUUUUAAAAAGAUCUUUAAUUUUUCAUAUUAUCAUUUAUGACUAAUUCAAAAUGAAUGAAGAAUGAUGAUUUUAAACACGGCUUUUACUUCAAGGUUCUUACUUUCAAUUAAUUUAUAAAUGUUAGUAUAAUUAUUCUAGAUAAAGUGAAUUAAUUUAAUAAAUAUUGAAUUUUGUCAUUUUAUUUUAGGUUUUGAAAAAAUCUCAUCCUAUUAGUUAUACUAUUUCAUUAUUUUUCAAUUUAAUUAUAUUUAUUUCAUAUAAUAUAUCAAUAUAAUCAAUUUUAUCAAACAUUUUUAAAAAAUUGAAUAAUUUUUAAUAUGUUUAAUAGUAUUUUACAACAUCAUAAUUGCUAUGUAAUUUAUUUCUAUUUUUAAAUAGUUAUAAGUAAAUAAAAAUGGAUACCAAUUUUUUUUAUUUUGUACUGACAUAAAUUUUAUUGAUACUAUAUCAUCUUGUUCGUCUUUAAUAAUUGAUAGAUAUUCGUUCUUAUUCAAAAUUUUCUAAAAGAUCAUAAAUUUAGACUAAAUUUUGAUAUUAUAAUUUAUAACUAGUCCAAAAUAAAAAAACUAAUAAUAGUAUAUAAGUAAUUGUAUUGGACACAUAUUGAUUUUUACAAAUAAUAUUUUUAAUAUAAAAUAUUUUAUGCACCAUAAAUUAUGAUAAAUUAAACUAAAAACAUGAUUACUAUAAAUAUUUAACUUUAAAUGUUUUAGAAUUAUUUUAUAAAAAUGAUUUCAAUUAUUCUUAUUCCAAAACUUUGUUAUUUACUAGAUGUGAUGUCAAACCUAAAAGAAAAUUUUCGGCUUCCAUAAAUCAAAGUCAGCCUCCUUGAUUUUACUACAUAUAUAUAUGUUCAUCCUAACACUGUAACACAUACAUGUAUAAACAAUUGCAUAUGCAUCAAACUCUAUACAUAAGGAUAUCAUAAAGAAUGUCAGCACUUUUAUCUUCUAUUCGCAAUUCACAUUGCAUUUUCACAAAGGUUAUAUGGUUUUAUUAGCCACAAAGAUACCCAUUUUCUUGUUAUCUAAGGUUUAAAUCAAUGAUUUUUGUGUGAAAUGAUUUACAUGUAAUUUAAUUGCAUGAGAUAUAUUGUUAAAACUUAAAUCCUAGUGGCUAAUGCCUGAGAUUGCUUUCUCAAAUCAGAUAUGCUUUUAUAUAUUAUUAUGAUUUGUUUGUGCUAACCUUCCUUUUAUCCCUUUGCAAUAGAUACCAUAUAUUCAUACAUAUUCGUGAUAUUGUGUUAUCGUACUUGAAUUUCAUAAGAUUUUAAUUUAUUUGGUGGAGAUCUACAUAAUCUACAGUAUUUUAUAUUUCUUUGUUGUCAAAUAUGGUAAUCGACAGAUACUUUUUGAAAAAAUAUCAAGGAUCAAACUGUUUAAGAGUUUAAUCCAAUAAUCCAUUACAGAAGAAAAGAUCAAGUGAAAUCCUCUUUUUAGAUACAAAGAUUAGUAGCUACUAGAAGGAGACAUUGAAAGAGAUUAGCAGUUUUCUAGGGUUUUUAGAACUGAGUACUUUAACGUCUUUGUAACACGGUUAAGAGUGGUACUUUAUUGGCAAUAAUACUUAAUGAGAAAGUUAUAUAUUGUUUUUGCCAAAAUUUUGUAAGAAAAUAUAUAUAGAAAAGGAUCUUGAGAAUCAAAGUAACGAAAAGAUAAAGAGAUACACUUAUUAAUUAGUUUGAUUUUUCUUGUUUUUGUUUUGUGGAUCUUCAAAUCUACAGAAGUGAUGGUGAAAGUUACAAAGUUUGUUUCUUCUCGUCCAUUAGUCAGCCUCAUCCUCCUGGUUGUUUUCGGAACCAUACCGAUUGUGAUAUGGUGCAUAGCAACGAAGAACAUAAGAAACAACGUUGAUUCACUCACUGAAGAUCGUCGGUCAAGUCUAGUUUCUGAAAUCGAAAACAUCGGAAGAUUCAUUUAUCCAAAGACGAACUCAUCUACAAUAAGUUUAGCAGGAGUGAUAGACUCUUUUAUCACCAACAACAACAAUAUACAUUUCACGGAGAUUCAAACACAGAUCGCACCAGUGUUGUUUCAUGCUUACUCAAUGAUCCCUGAAGUCUCACAAGUGUCAUACAUGAGUACAGACGGUCUCUUGUUUUCUUACAUCACGGGAAUAAACACAAGCUUCGCGGUUUUUGCCAAUUCAACUGGUGGAGACUACACUUGGUACACUCAAACCAUUGAUCAGAGAACCGGUCUUCUCAACGGCGAUGCAACGAGAUCUCAGCCGUUAGAUGUGACUAAUACAGAUUGGUUCCAUGCAGCACAGAGAGAUCACGUUACCGCCUUUGUGGGAACUGGUUUGGGAGGACAAGAUAACGAGAGACUGUUUCAGACAGUGGUUAGCUUGGACAGCAAGAAAGGAGUUGUUUCGUUAGGGUUUCCGGUUAAAUCUUUUACCAGUGACUUGAACCGUUUGAAUCUUCGCGGCGGAGAGCUUUACAUGUGGACUAAGGACGGAACAGUACUUGUUUAUGAAAGUUCACUCAAUGUUUCUUCCUUCAUCCCCAGAGAUUGCAGUUCCGGUUGGGUGAAGGAGACCAAAGGAUCAAAAUUCGAAGCUUACUGCUCAGUUCUUGAAGUGUCUGGCGUCCCUCUGAGUUACACACUCAUGUCUCCCAACAAAGGAGAAGGAACAAGCAUCAGUAAUGCGGCGAUGUAUAUGCUUAUUUUCAUGGCUAUUUAUGCCUUCUUCUGGCCUCUAGGGUUUGUUGUGUGUAUGGUGAGAGCAGCAAGAAGAGAGAUGGAUCUACGUUCAUCGCUGAUAAACCAAAUGGAAGCAACACAACAAGCUGAGAGGAAGAGCAUGAACAAGAGUCAAGCCUUUGCACAAGCUAGCCAUGACAUUAGAGGUUCCCUGGCCGGGAUCACCGGUCUGAUUGAUCUCUGCCGUCAAGAAGUUAAACCUGGCUCUGACGUUGAUGCUAGUCUUCAGCAAAUGAAUGUAUGCACCAACGAUCUCGUUGCUCUGCUUAACUCAGUAUUGGACAUGAGCAAAAUCGAAAGCGGGAAGAUGCUUCUAGAGGAAGAAGAGUUCAACCUAGCAAAGCUUCUCGAAGACGUGGUAGACUUCUUCCACCCUAUGGCCAUGAAGAAAAAGGUCGACGUGGUUUUGGAUCUUCACGACGGCUCAAUCUUGAAAUCCUCCAACGUGAGAGGAGACAGCGGCAAGCUCAAGCAAAUCCUGAACAAUCUCGUUAGCAAUGCGGUCAAGUUCACAGUGGAGGGACACAUUUCGAUCAGAGCUUGGGCCCAGAAGCCAGGGCCCAAGAGCUCCGUUGUCUUGGCAUCAGAACCCAAAGGAAGCGUAUCAAUGUUUUCAAAGCUCAUGUUGUGCAUGAGCAAAGACCAGUCUUCAUCAUCAGUCUAUGAGAAUGAGAUAUCGAACUCCAUAAGAAACAACGCGAACACUAUGGAGUUUGUGUUUGAAGUGGACGAUACGGGGAAAGGGAUACCUGUGGAGAUGCGUAAGUCAGUGUUUGAGAACUACGUUCAGGUGAGAGAAACAGCUCGAGGACAGCAAGGCACUGGACUAGGGUUAGGGAUUGUGCAGUCUCUGGUGAGGUUAAUGGGAGGAGAGAUAAGAAUCACUGAGAAAGCUAUGGGAGAGAAGGGGACUUGUUUCCAGUUCAAUGUUUUGUUGUUGACAGCCUCAGAGACCGACGUGAACGCGAGAGAGGACAUUGAAUCAGUAGCAGGAGGAGAUUACGUGGCAUCCACGCCAAACCUCGGCUUGACGAUAAACACUUCUUCGGGAGGUAGUAUGAACAUACGUCACCACCUGAGUCCUAGGUUCAACAACUGUCUCAGCUCCAGUCCAAAGCAGGAGGCUUCACGAGUGGUUCUCCUUUUAAAAGACGAAGAACGGAGAAGAGUCACAGAGAAGAGCAUAAAGAUACUUGGGAUCAAAGUCACUGUAGUUGAAAAAUGGGAGCAUCUGAGUAACGCCUUGGAGAGACUCUUUGGGUUCUCACCACAGAGCUCCAUGGAGUCUAGUUUGAGAAACGAGUUAUCAAGCACGAGCUCGAGGGAGUUGCCUUUGAUUGGAACGGAUGGUGUUGAUUCAAGAAGCCAGUUACCUCGGAGGAGAAGCGCUAGCUUCUCUGCGUUCGUUCUUCUUAUGAUCGACGCAAACGCUGGACCGUUUCUUGAGAUGAACGACGUCGUUGAAAAGUUUCGUAGAGGCUUGCACCAUGGCGUAGUCUGUAAAGUUGUUUGGCUUAACGAGCCAACAGGCCGGGGAAGCGAGAGAGGGGACGUUUGUUGUCUGAAGCCUUUGCACGGAUCUCGUCUUAACCGAGUGCUGAAGAUGUUGCCUGAGCUUGGAGGAAUCGUUCCAAGAGAAUCAUCGCUACUGAGACAUACUCUUGUUGCGACAUCACCAAAGGGUGCUACGAGUUGUGAGAUCCAAGAGGUAGAAGAAGAAGAAGAACCGAGCUUAAGGUAUAACAAAAAACUAGGCAAGACAAUAAUGGGACCAAAGCCUGUUGGGAACUCAGAGGAAGAGCGAGUAGCAUCCAAUGCGAGCUGUGAUGGACUCUUGAAAGGGAAAAGAGUUAUGGUUGUUGAUGACAAUCGAAUAACAUCUUCUGUUGCAACAAGAAAGCUGAAGAAGAUGGGAGUGUUAGAUGUCAAACAAUGCGACAAUGGGAAGGAAGCUGUGAGAUUAGUCAGUGAAGGACUAACACAAGGAGAUGUGCUUCCGUUUGACUACAUAUUCAUGGACUGCCAGAUGCCAGUGAUGGAUGGAUAUGAAACAACCAGAGAGAUUAGGAAAGUGGAGAGAAACUAUGGUGUGCAUAUACCAAUUAUAGCUGUAUCUGGUCAUGAUCCUGGUUCAACGGAAGCAAAAAAUACCAUACAAGCUGGAAUGGACGCCUUCUUAGAGAAAAACAUGAAUCAGGACCAACUUGGGAAGAUCAUCAGAGAAAUCGAAAGCAAGAGGACUGUAACUGUUGAGUAGAUUUUAUAACUAGAUAGGUGGACAGGUACUUCUUGCUGACAUGUUGUGUUAAGGCUAAUACCAUUUUUUUUUUUUUUUGGUUUUCAAUUCCCAUGCGUACAGAAAGGUUAAACAAUACAGUAAUAUGACAAUAUAAUAUCUGUUUCUGAAGAAUAAUGAAGAUAAUACAGCAGUAAACAGCUUUAUAUUUAGUUGAAUAUUAUGGUUCAAAAGAU